CUGCCUAGUGGCACUGUGGUUCCUGUGAGCGUCACGGUCUUCAGAGUGGUCGAUGUUGUUUCGGUUUGGAAACAGAUGAUCGCACGUUAAACUUAUUAUUCGGCAACAGAAUUAAAGCGGUCAUGGAGCUCACGCCACUGGCUGAAAGGCAGUAUGAUAGCUCUGUGAGAGCUUUAGGAUGGCUAGUGAAGGCUGUACAAGUCCAGGGCCUGUGGUGCAUCAGAUUGACCAGCAGUUCCUGAUCUGCAGCAUAUGUCUGCAUCGCUAGAACAACCCUAAGGUCCUCCCCUGCCUCCACACCUUCUGUGAAAAGUAUCUGCAGAACUACACCCCCUCCCGCAGCCUGACACUGUUGUAUCCCGUGUGCCGGAGGACCUCCAUACUGCCGAAGGAGGGCCUGACAGCCCUGCAGAGCAACUUCAUCACGGGCCUGAUGGAGGUGCUGGAGACGAGCCCGUGCGGAGGUCAGGGAGAAGAGGGGCACGGCGGGCCGCACCCGACCAACACCUCCACUGCGGGACGGCUGCUCUCCUGCCCCAGUCACGAAGGCAAUGUGAUGGAGUUCUAUUGCUUGCCGUGUGAGAUGGCAGUAUGCAAGGAGUGCACGGGUGGUGAGCACUCUCAGCACACCACCGUGCCCCUCAGGAACAAGCUGGAGCAGCACAGGCUCUCCCUGCAGGAGCAGCUGAACGCCGUCAAAAACAGGCUUCCGGAGAUUGAUUCUGCCCUACAGGUGCUGUCCGAGACCCUGCAGCAGAUGGCCAAUCAGAAGAGCUCGAUCGAGCAGGACAUCCACACCACCUUCACGGAGCUGCAGCAGACACUCGACAUGCGCAAGAAAGUUCUGCUCAUGGAACUGGAGGUCAACUACGGGCUGAAACAGAAAGUGCUGCAAGCGCAGUUGUCCUCCCUGCUGCAAGGCCGUGAAAGCAUGCAUGAUGGCUGCACCCUGGCCGAGCGGGCGCUGCUCCGUGGCUCGGGCGCCGAGCUGCUGCUGACGUCCAGGCAGCUGGGCGAGCGCCUGGAUGAGCUGGCCGGCCACUACCUACCGCUGCAGCCCGAGGAAAAUGCACAGCUAGCUUUCAUCGCUGAGACGGAGGCCGUGCGUGCCUCCAUCCGCACACUGGGUGCCGUGAACAUCAGCGUCUCCUCCGUUGGCCAGACGGGGACGCCCUUGGGCGAGGGCGUACAGGGCUGCGUGGUCGGGCGUCCAGCCCGCAUGACCGUCACAGUCAAGGAGCAUGAGCCUGACGCCGCUGUGGGGAGGAAGGUCAAGACCCUGGGCCCCGCAAAUGUUAGGCAGCGCGCCGUUAAGCGGCCCGGAAGCAAGUACAGCUCAGGGAGGAGGAAGGAAAACCCCAUUGAGGACGACCUCGUAUUCCGGAUCGGUACUAAAGGAAGAAAUAAGGGAGAAUUCACCAAUCUGCAGGGUGUGGCUGCCUCCAACCUUGGCAAGGUCUUAAUAGCAGACAGUAACAAUCAGUGUGUUCAGAUAUUUUCCAAUGACGGGCAGUUUAGGAAUCGCUUCGGAGUACGGGGCCGGUCACCAGGGCAACUCCAGCGGCCCACUGGCGUCGCCGAGCACCCCAACGGUGACAUCAUCAUCGCAGACUAUGACAAUAAAUGGGUCAGCAUCUUCUCCAGUGAUGGCAAAUUUAAGACAAAGAUUGGCUCGGGGAAGCUGAUGGGUCCCAAGGGUGUGUCCAUCAACAGAAACGGCCAUGUCGUCGUGGUAGACAACAAGGCCUGCUGCGUCUUCAUCUUCCAGCCAAACGGCAAGCUCGUCACCAAGUUCGGCAGCCGCGGCAAUGGCGACAAACAGUUCGCAGGUCCUCAUUUUGCAGCAGUUAACCAGAAUAAUGAAAUCAUCAUAACCGAUUUCCACAAUCAUUCUGUGAAGGUUUUUAACUCGGAGGGAGAGUUCCUGCUAAAAUUUGGGUCUAAUGGCGAGGGGAACGGCCAGUUUAACGCGCCUACCGGAGUCGCCGUGGAUGUUAAUGGCAACAUCAUAGUAGCUGACUGGGGCAACAGCCGAAUACAGGUGUUCGAUGGUAGUGGCUCAUUCCUGUCCUACAUCAACACGUCGGCGGACCCGCUGUACGGCCCCCAGGGGUUGGCCCUGACUUCCGACGGCCACGUGGUGGUGGCCGACUCUGGCAACCACUGUUUCAAAGUCUACCGAUAUCUCCAGUAGAACUCCAGAGACAGCACCCUCACACCACUUUACUAGUGCACGCCCAUGGUACCAUCGUCUGUCACCUCUGCCCUUUGACCUUUGACUUGCCUCCUGGUUAGGGCAUAGAAGAAGUGUGACAUAUAUCUUUAGAGGGAAAAAUGGGCUGUGAGUUGGAGGAACUCUUCAGCCUGGGAACUGAGACUGAAAACUGCUUUGCUGCUUUAUAGUACGGUAACUGUAUGGAUAUGGUUGUUUUCUUAUAUCAUAGCAUGGAUAUCAUGAAUGGAUUUUUUUUCUAAUAGUUCCACCUUCUAUGGUACUAAGAAAUUAAUCCUGAGUGUAAACUGUUCCAGAUAAGGGCAAAUCUUGUUUUAGCCAUUUAUGUGCAGGCACACCUAGCCUAAUAUUAGGCUUAAUAUGUGUGCAAAAUUGCACAUUUUACCAUCUGAUUCUGUGUAAGAGGUUGACUGUAAAAAACAUAUAUAUGCAAUGCACUUAAAUAUAAGAGAGAUAUUUAAAGGCAUGUGACAUCCUGUGCACCAUAGUGAACACACACACUGCAGCAGUUAGAUCCUCCAGCUGAAAUCAGGGUCAAAGUUUAGAAUUGUGCAGACACUUUACUAAACUUCUCACCAUGUUGCUCAGGGUGUGAUGCCCACACAGAGUGUGUGAGUGUGUGAGUGUGUGUGUGUGUUUAGGCAGUUGACCAUAUCCAACAAGAAAGGGAAGCACUUGAUAUUUGACAGAUAUAAACUAUUUGAGCUGAGGGGAUUUUUUCAUACUGUUAUGUUGGAGAUUUUGUUUGUAAUUAAGUUACAGAACUUUAUUUCUGAUUUCUGUAAUUAAGUUACAGAACUUUUAUUUCCUCAUGCUUUUUUGUCCAUUAGUGCACUAAACAAUCUGUCAACAACUUCAUUGAUUCACUUUAAUUACAUGACAAUUGGAUUGGUCCUUUGCUGUUUGAGUCUUGUCUCUCUGGUGGUUUAGUUACCGUCAUUAAUAGACAACCACCUGUGUUAGUCCAUUCACAUAACAUUUAAGCUUAACUUUCACAUAAUGUCAUUGUCUACCUAUAUGCCAGUACCUCCUUAAUGUGGUAUUUUCAUACAUUCCAAAUGAAGUCUUUUGCUCCACUUAUCACAACACCUUUUAGGCACUGCCUUCUGAAACAAGUAACAUUGCCAUCUUGCAGAUGCAUGUUUGAUGUGUAACAAUUUUUAGUCUGAAAUCUUUAGUUAUACAACCACUUUUUUUUCCUCAUUGCUUAAAUAUUGUAGAUAACCUGAAGAGA